GGCGGGGCGGCCGGUGCCCCGGGGGCGGGCGGGCGGCCGGACGGCUGCGGGAGCCCGAGCCGAAGCCGGAGCCGAGGCGGCCGUGGAGUACGGGCGCCGGCGCACUACAAUGAGGCAGCCAGUGGAUCCGGGAGCCUGAGCCCUUGUGAAGCCGGCGAUGACAAGUCUGAAUGGUCGCCAUGCCGAGAAAACCAUUGACAUGCCAAAACCAUCCGCCCCCAGAGUGCACGUGCAGAGAUCCGUGUCCCGAGACACUAUCGCCAUUCACUUCUCGGCAUCCGGGGAGGAGGAGGAGGAAGAGGAGGAGGAGUGCAGGGAGUACCUCGGGGAGGGGCUGGACGACCAAAGCGUUGUGACGGGGCUCGAAGCCAAGGAAGACCUCUACCUGGAACCCCGGGGUGGCCAUGACCCCAUCCUGGCAGAGGCACUGUCCGUGCCCUCUGCCGUUUUGCCCGUCUCCGUGCACACUGUCAAGCUGUUGGAGCCCCCUCCUCCUGCAGCACAGGUAUUAAGUACAGUGCCAUUGGCUCUGUCCCCGGGGUCGUCUUCGUCGGGGCCCUUCGCUAGCUCUCCCAGCGUGUCGUCCCUUUCUGAGCAGAAAACCAGUUCCUCCUCCCCGCUGUCCUCGCCUUCCAAGUCUCCUGUCCUCUCGGCCAGUGCCUCUUCCUCCACCCUCUCCAGCGCGAAACCCUUCAUGAGCCUGGUGAAGUCCCUGUCGACCGAGGUGGAGCCAAAAGAAUCCCCGCACCCCCCGAGGCACAGGCACUUGAUGAAGACGCUGGUCAAGUCUCUGUCCACCGACACCUCCAGGCAGGAGUCCGACACCGUGUCCUACAAGCCGCCCGACUCCAAGCUGAAUCUACACCUGUUCAAGCAGUUCACGCAGCCCCGAAACACAGGUGGAGACUCCAAAACCGCCCCCUCUUCCCCUCUGACUUCGCCUUCGGAUACGCGCUCCUUUUUUAAAGUGCCCGAAAUGGAGGCGAAAAUCGAAGACACUAAACGACGCCUUUCAGAAGUCAUAUAUGAUCCUUUUCAGCUUUUUAGUAAAAUUAUAGGGGAAGAAAGUGGCAGCCAUAGGCCCAAAGCCUUAUCUUCAAGUGCUUCAGAACUCUCCAACCUGUCCAGCCUGAACGGUCACUUGGAAAGCAAUAACAACUACAGCAUCAAGGAGGAGGAGUGUGACUCCGAGGGGGAGGGCUUGGGAAGCGACCCCGGUGUCCCCAGGGGGGACCACCCCCCGCCCACCGAGGAGCCCUCCAGGGAGGCGGAGCCCAGGAGUUCCCAGGGGAGCAGUCUGAAGGAUUUAGGCCUGAAGACCAGUUCUCUGGUUCUUGAGAAAUGCUCUCUGUCUGCCUUAGUGAGCAAAGAAGACGAAGAGUUUUGUGAACUGUACACUGAGGACUUCGAUUUGGAAACAGAGGGGGAGAGUAAGGUUGAGAAGCUCCCAGAAGUCCCUCUCAAGCCAGAGGUGCUGGCGGAGGAGGGCCCCGCUCUUGACAGUGACCACGAGGUGGACUCGGCCAGGCAGCACCCGGAAUUACCGGUGAAGACGCUGGGCAUCUUCGUCUUGUGCGUCUAUGGGUACCUCAUCCUCCCCCUCCCCCACUAUGUGAGCGGACUCUUUUUGGGCAUUGGCCUUGGUUUCAUGACUGCAGUGUGCGUGAUUUGGUUUUUUACACCACCAAGUGCUCAUAAAUAUCACAGAUUGCAUAAAAAUCUCCAGCACUGGAACCCAAGGUCUCUGGAUAUCAAAGAACCUGAGAUGCUAAAGGGGUGGAUGAAUGAGAUUUACAACUAUGAUCCAGAAACUUACCAUGCCACGUUGACACAUUCGGUCUUUGUUCGACUUGAAGGUGGGACCUUAAGACUUUCAAAGCCCAAUAAAAAUAUAUCCAGGAGGGCAAGCUAUAAUGAAACAAAGCCAGAGGUCACCUACAUCAGCCAGAAAAUCUACGACCUCUCAGACAGCAAGGUUUAUCUUGUGCCUAAAAGUUUGGCUCGAAAACGAAUCUGGAAUAAAAAGUACCCCAUUUGUAUCGAGCUUGGUCGACAAGAUGACUUUAUGUCUAAGGCCCAGCCCGAUAAAGAGACUUCUGAAGAAAAGCCACCAGCCGAGAGAGAGCUGGGAGGCGAGGACCCUAAGAAGCCACCCCUCCCUCAGGAGAGAACAAGAUCUGGCCAGCGAGAUCAGAUCCUCUAUCUCUUUGGGAGAACUGGCCGAGAAAAAGAGGAGUGGUUUCAGAGAUUUAUUCUGGCAUCUAAGCUGAAGUCAGAAAUCAAGAAGCCACCUGGCGUCUCUGGAAGCAAACCAGGAGUUUUGCCCUCACACAGCAGACACAGCAGUCCCUCGGGGCACCUGACCCACAGCCGCAGCAGCAGCAGAGGCAGCGUGGAUGAGAUCAUGUCCCAGCCGAAGCAGAAGGAGCUGGUGGGCAGCGUGCGGCAGAAGAUGCUUCUGGACUACAGCGUGUACAUGGCCAGGUGUGUCCCCCAAGAAAGCCGAAGCCCCCAAAGGAGCCCCGUGGAGAGUGCGGAGAGCAGCCCCACAGCUGGGAAGAAGUUGCCAGAGGCGCCACCAUCUGAAGAGGAAGAACAGGAGGCCUGGGUGAAUGCCUUGCUUGGAAGAAUGUUUUGGGACUUUUUAGGAGAAAAGUACUGGUCUGAUCUGGUGUCUAAGAAAAUCCAAAUGAAGCUCAGCAAAAUAAAGCUCCCCUACUUUAUGAAUGAGCUGACCCUGACGGAACUCGACAUGGGGGUAGCUAUGCCAAAAAUCCUUCAGGCCUUCAAGCCUUACGUUGAUCACCAAGUUGCAGGCCCAGGGCGUUCUGUCUGGCCGACAGCGACGAGGAGUCCUCCAGUGCUGGCUCCUCUGACGAAGACGACGCACCAGAGCCCAGCGCAGGGGACAAGCCGCUUCUCCCAGGGGCAGAAGGGUACGUGGGAGGUCAUCGAACAAGUAAAAUUAUGAGGUUUGUUGAUAAAAUUACCAAGUCAAAAUAUUUCCAAAAAGCAACGGAGACAGAGUUCAUUAAAAAGAAGAUGGAAGAGGUCUCCAACACGCCCCUGCUGCUGACGGUGGAAGUGCAGGAGUGCAGAGGAACCUUGGCCGUCAACAUCCCACCUCCCGCAACUGACCGGAUAUGGUAUGGUUUCCGGAAGCCACCU